AUGAGUGCAAUGCUCAACUUCAAGGUGAUCCGUGUCGACGAUCUUCAGUGGGACGUGCCAUUUCAUAGGAAACCAAAUCUCUAUAUCGAAAUACGUCUCGGCGGUAUAAUUGAGAAGACACACACGAUCAAGGAUAAAUAUCACGCUUGGGACGAGACCUUGUCGUUUCCACCAGUUGAUGCCUCUGAGACCGUUUCGAUCAAGGUCCUACAUAAAUCAUCUAUCCUAGUUCGAGGUGACGUUUGCAUCGGUUCGAUCGACAUUGAACUCAACGAGUUGUCUGGAAGAUGUAUCAAUGGGCCGGCUCAUCUUCCUCUCGACUCACCCGCGGGGAGGAAUUAUGGAAAGCCCACUGUGGUCAUUCAUCUGCUGAAUGCGACCAGCACAUCUGUGGAUCUCAGCUCUGAUGUCAAUACUGCAAUUGAGGCAGUACAUAGAGUGGACCACUCUACCGGGCCCAAUGAUUCGGUGACACAAUGCCUGUCAACGCUAAAUAAAGGAAGGGAUCUGGGGAAGUCUCUAUUGGCACUCGUUGAAAAGACAGGAGUACUUGUUAACGUAAUUGAUAAGUUAUCCACUGUUCAUCCGUAUGUGAAUGCAGCUUGGCAGUUGGCGUCAGCCUUGUACAAGGCUGUAUCUCACCAGAUUGAGACAGAUAGAAAACUCGUCGAUUUGGUCUAUCUCAUGGAGGACACUUACGAUUUUGUCACUGAUGUCAAAUCACUUCCUAACAAAAUUGAGAGGAUGAAGCGGACAAUCAAAAGUCUCUCGCAGCAGACAAUCGAGUGCUGUAGAUUUGUCCUCCACUAUACCAAUCAGAACUUUCCGCAACGGAUGCUCAAAACGAGUCGGCCAAAAGUUGACGAGUUUAUCGGGCAUUUCGGUGAUCUUAAGAGGUCGCUCGAACAAGGCAUCGUUCUACAGACCGCAUUUGUUUCCGCACGAAUCUCGGAUAAAGUUGAUGAUAUGCAUUUUAAGGAUAUGCUCUGCCCGAAUGACAUGAAUGCAUUCAAGCGUGGUCGAUGCCUCGAAGAUACGCGGAUAGAAGUCCUGAACGAAAUCAUGGAUUGGCUUUUAUCGGGCACAGAACAAAACAUCCUGUGGUUACGCGGCGUGGCAGGGUCCGGAAAGAGUACAGUUGCGACGACGAUUGCGGAGUACUGUCGUGAAAUGUCGUGUCUUGGUGCAUUCCUGUUUUUCAACCGAGUGGAUGGUGCUGAGGAUCAGCUCAUGUCUACCUUCCGGACGAUUGCAUUCCAGCUCGCCUUGUUCGAUUCUUCUAUUGCGAAGCAAGUCGAGUCUGCUAUUCAAAGAAGUGAACGUAUCGUUGAGGCUGUCGCUGAGAUGCAGUUCAAGAGGCUCAUUUAUGAACCACUCAUGGCAGCAAGAGAGGAUAUGCAGGGUCCUACUAUCAUUGUCCUCGAUGCAUUGGAUGAAUGUGGUACUCCUGAAUCACGGAGAACAUUGAUGUCGCUCUUGAAACGAGAAAUUGGGAGGUUACCUUCCUGUUUCCGAUUCCUCAUUACGAGCAGGCCUGAGGCUGACAUCAAUGCGGUAUUGUCAUCAAAUGCAAAUAAAUCUGUGCACGAACUUGCCUUAGAUUCGGGCUCGGAUACUAGCCGACGAGAUGUUCUGCAAUACAUUGAUCACGAAAUAAAAGUGAUUUUCGAGGAUUUGGGACUCGAGAUACCGAAUGAAUGGGAUACGUAUCGGAAACGCCUUGUGGACGCAUCCCAGGGCCUCUUCAUUUGGGCAUCGACGGCAAUCAAGCUAGUCAAGGACAACCCUAGCCCACUGGAAGAACUCGAGAGUAUUGUUGGGGCGUCGCAUUUGCUAAGUGGCCUUGAACGGUUGUACGAAUCUGUGCUUAGGAAUUCUGGAGUUGUUUCAGAACGAUACCCUUCGUCUCUCACACGCUUCUCUCAGAUAUUUGGUCUCAUUCUUUUGAGCAAUACACCACUAUCAGACACCACGAUUGACGCAAUCCUAGGGUUAUCGAGCCAAAACUCAUCACGCCUAAUUCUUUCGAAACUGCAGAGCGUAGUUGCGUAUGCCCCUGGUCGACCUGUACAUCUUUUCCAUACAUCAUUCGCAGACUAUCUCCUGUCAGCGCCCUGCUCCAUACCGUGCCGAACCCAUUACGUACCGUCUUAUGGUCAAAGGCCUGUUGACUGUUUAUCCGGACCGUGGUUCAUCGACAAAUCCUCCCAGCAGUCCGCCAUUGCUAUGCGUUGCUUUAUCGUCAUGAAGGAUAUGCUUCAUUUUAAUAUGUGCGGUCUCGACUCGUCUUUCAUGUACAACAAGGAGGUCGACGGGAUCGAUGAGCGCAUCAGCGAGAAGGUACCGCUGCAUCUGCAAUAUGCAUGUAAAUACUGGGCACAUCACCUUUCUGAGGCUCCGUUCUCGCACGAAUUGUUGGGCGAACUGAGGACCUUCGCGUAUGAACGCCUGCUAUACUGGUCCGAGAUCCUCAGUCUGCUAGGUCAGGUCAGUCGAACUGCGAGCCGAGCGCUUCUGGACGCCGCUGCAUGGUCUGGGAAGCAUGAUUCGGACAUUUCAUCGUUCCUGAAGGAUGCUAGCAGACUCACCUCUACAUUCGCCGUGCCCAUGACUGAAAGCACGCCACACAUCUACGUCUCCAUGCUCCCACUCAUGAAGGACGAUUCGAAAGUGGCAGCCCAUUACUCGAGGCAGACAUCGCGGGUGUUAGUAGUCGAUCGAAUAGGGACGAAACGUCAGCCGCUGUGGUUGAAAGUGCUAGAGGGACAUUCGGACAUUGUUUGGUCCGUCGCAUUCUCACCUGAUGGGAAGUGCGUCGCGUCGGGCUCCUGGGACGGAACAGCUAAAGUCUGGGACGUUGAGAGCGGUGAGGUGUUAUGCGAGUUUUUGGAAGAGAACGGAUCCGGGGUCAUGUCUGUCGCAUUCUCAUCAAACAGGCAUCGCAUCGUCUCUGGGUCAUGGGACGGGACAGUCGCGAUCUGGGACGUUGAGUCGGGGGAGGUGGUCUCAGGACCAUUUACAGGGCGUACUAAGGGUGUAAAUACUGUUGCUUUCUCGCCAGAAGGAACGCACAUUGUUUCAGGCUCUGAGGAUACAAUAAUAAGAGUGUGGGACGUCAAGAGCGGGUCCACUAUUCAUGUUCUCGAGGGACAUACGGCUGCUGUAUGUUCUGUCGUCUUCUCCUCUGAUGGGAAGCGAAUCAUUUCGGGCUCACAUGACAAGACAAUUCGAGUCUGGGACGCGAUGACAGGGCAGGCCAUUGGCAAUCCUUUCGUCGGGCACACAGAUGAAGUCAACUCUGUGGCAAUCUCGCGCGAUGAUAGGCGCAUCGUCUCUGGCUCGUAUGAUUACACAGUGAGAGUCUGGGACGUGGAGAGUGGGAAAGUCGUCGCGGGCCCAUUUCUGCAUUCGAACCUUGUUAACUCUGUCGCAUUUUCGUCUGACGGAAGGCGUGUUUUGUCAGGAUGUGCAGAUAGCACAAUCGUAGUACGGGACGUGAAGAGUGGUGACAUUGUUUCUGGUCCAUAUACUGGUCAUGCACAUGUAGUGCGUUCCGUUGCCUUCUCGCCUGAUGGAUCACGCAUUGUCUCAGGAUCCAAUGACAAGACUGUCAGACUCUGGGACGCAUCGAUUGGCAAAAUUGCUCCAGACUCUUCUGCAAGGCACACAGAAGCAGUCAUGUGCGUUGCUUUCUCUCCAGAUGGCAGUUGGGUAGCAUCGGGCUCUAAUGAUAAAGCAGUGAGACUCUGGUCCGCUAGCACCGGGCAAAUAGCUUCCGUGCUGUUUGAAGGACAUCGACACUUUGUUAAUUCUGUUGCCUUUUCGUCUGAUGGUAAACGAAUUGUCUCUGGUUCUCGCGAUGAGCGUGUCAUUAUCUGGGACGUAAACAGCGGCAAGAUGACAUUUGAGCCGCUCAAAGGACACUUGGAUACUGUAACUUCAGUCGCGUUCUCUCCUGAUGGUACACGUAUUGUCUCCGGCUCCAGUGACAGAACCAUCAUCAUCUGGAACGCCGAAAACGGAAACAUGAUUGCUCAAUCUGAUCAAGUGCACAACACAGCGAUCGGCACUGUCGCCUUCUCACCAGAUGGUACGCUUAUCGCGUCGGCGUCUGGCGACAAUGAUGUCAUUGUUUGGAACACCGAAAGCGGGAAAUGUGUUUCCGGACCUUUCAAAGCACCCGAGGACAGCACUCAACAGUAUUUUGCGCCACUUGCCUUCUCUCCUGAUGGGAUGUGUAUCGCCUCGCGCAGUUCGGACGAUGAUAUCGUUAUCCGUCAUAUGCAGAGUAGCCAGAUUGAGUUCGGACCACUGAAGGGGCACAGCGACAUAGUCACGUCCGUUGUGUUUUCACCUAACGGGGUUUACAUCGUUUCCGGGUCAUACGAUCGGUCAAUUAUUUUAUGGGAUGCAUGCAACGGACAUAUUGUUUCUAAUCCAUACAAAGGGCACACCAGUCCGAUCACCUGCAUUGCAUUUUCACCAGAUAGUUCGCAUAUUGUCUCCUGCUCUUUUGACGCAACAAUACGUAUCUGGACUGUACCAGGCAAAGAAGGCUAUUCUUUAACGACCAGAACGCUGCAAGGUAAUGUGGUUGCCGCAUGCUCCAGCAUACAAGACGUCGACGAUGACUUUGCAAGUUGGACCCUUGCGGACAACGGAUGGGUGUUAGGUCCUCAAGGCGAGUUGCUCUUAUGGCUUCCUCCUGACAUCCGCCCGACUCUCUGGCGACCACAGAACAUCGCUGUCUUCAGUUGCGAAUUUUCCACAAAGUUGAAUUUCAAGGAUGUUGCACAUGAUGCUGUCGUAACGGAGAAUGCAAAAGGGAGGAUGCUGGUAGGAAGCAACAACACGCAGACCAAGGCGAAAACAAUCAGAUCUGCAAAAGGCAACAGCCAACCGCUGUUCAGGAAAUAUACAACGCAGAUGAAGAGCUUGAACGAUUUCGCCUUCCAUUUUGUCAUACCUCCCUCCAGACACUACCAGACUCACCGAUAUGAAAACUCGUCCGAUGCGUGCUUCCUACCUUCCUCAGCACUGGCCAGUCCUCCGACGCUAAGUUCGUCGCUCGGCACGAUCUCCUUCGAUCGACAACAGAGCGGAAAAGCUGAAGAUGACGGAGGUGCUCGUACAGCUACACUUGCGCCGUUGCUUGGUCUCCUUCCUUUACUGCUGCUCGACAGAGUCGACACCGUUGGUCCAGCCCUACUCACCAGGUGUAACUCAACCAAAUACAGAAGUUUCAAGCAUUCCGAAGCUGGUGACAGUAUCUCUGAGACUCCAAAGGACAACCCACCGAAUCCAACACAUUCUGGUCCCUUGAAUUACCCCACUGUAGAUGUCUGGCUUCGUUACUGCCAGCAGCACAUUGAACGAGGCCGCGAUGCAGUACACACCUACACAUCCCUCAUUUUCGUCUUGCAGAAAAAUGGCUGCACUCGCUUGGACGACGUUGCGAGGCUCACCACCGAAGAAUUGCGCUCACUUGCUAUGGAGUGUGAAGUCGAAGCAUCAAUCGGUCUUGUCAAGCGCGUGGUUGCAUAUGCUCAUGAGGACGUAGCCAAAGUGAAGAAUGAUGGUUACCUAAAGAUGGAUGCUUAG